AUGUUUCCAGAUGACCAGGCAAAAAGGGGACGGCCCGACGAUAUGCUGGCCAUGAAGAUGGACAGUCAACGGAUGACGUCAUCGCAGCCCAUCAAAGAGGAGCGCAUCUCGUCACAGGCUGACUCCACGGACGAUGUCUCGCAGGAUCGCACCGACAUGAUGACGUCCUCCAACUGCCACGUGCUGGGCAGCAAGCACGACCCGCCGCACAAGAGAUUGCCUUCCGGCGAGGCCAGCCCGGCCCCUUCCCCCACACCAUGCCAGUACGGGGGCGCCCUCAAAUCCGGUGGAUAC